AUGGACAUUUUCCGGCGAAAGGGGUCCGCGGGACCCUCCCACGGGCUGCCGACUUCAGACGAGAAGCGAUCAAAAAACAAGGGCAUGGCCUCAAGAUUGGCGUUUUUCCAGAGGCCGCUGCGGCUGCGCGGCAACUCGGCGGUUUCCAUCCCGCUGGGCGUGGUGCUCGUCUUCCCGGUGCUGGUUGUUGUGCUCAUCCUGGUGCUGUUCGUCAGGCAUCCCAGCUCUCCAGGCAGGAUAUUGAUGCCCGCUGGUUCUCCGCCAGCCAUUCGGAAAAUCAGCGAAAAACACGACAAAGUAUUCGUCACCGGCUGCCUCGAGCCCGAUACUUCACAACCACGAGCCAACGCUGCCUUUGUUGUGUUGGCCAGGAACAAGGAAAUUGACGGCGUAAUUCAGUCCAUCAAGUCUGUCGAACGGCAUUUCAAUCGCUGGUACCACUACCCUUAUGUCUUCCUCAACGACGCCGAAUUCGAUGAAACCUUCAAGGAGACUGUACGAAACUAUACAUCGGGAGCUGUCGAGUUUGGCAAGGUCGAGCCAGGCACUUGGGGCUUCCCGGACUGGAUUGACGAGAAAGUUGCCAAGGAGGGAAUUGCCAAGCAGGGCGACGCUGCGGUCAUGUAUGGUGGCAUGGAGAGCUACCACUUCAUGUGUCGCUUCUACUCUGGCUUCUUCUACAACCACCCUCUUCUGCUCAAGUACGAAUGGUACUGGCGCGUGGAGCCCGAAAUCACCUACUUCUGCGACAUCACCUAUGAUCCUUUCUUAAAGAUGAUCGAGAACAACAAGACGUACGGCUUUACCAUUGCUGUCAAGGAGCUUCGCGAGACCGUCCCCAACAUCUUCCGUUAUGCCUCGGCGUACAAGCGAAACAACAACCUGACGUCACAGGGCCUUUGGGAAAUGUUUGUGGAACCUCAAGAGCCAAAGGAACAGCAUGACGACCCCAAUGCCCUGCCCGAUGAACCCAAGCCAAGCAGCCAAGCACCCAUUGAUCCCGAGGCUAUGGAGGGCGAAAAGUACAACAUGUGCCAUUUCUGGUCCAACUUUGAAAUUGCGAAGCUCAGCUGGUUCCGCAGCAAAGAGUACAACGACUUCUUUGAGAUGAUGGAUCGCAGCGGUGGGUUCUGGAUGGAACGGUGGGGAGACGCUCCCAUCCACUCUCUGGCCGCUGGUGCUCUCCUGGCUCCCCGGGACAUCCACUAUUUCAGAGACUUUGGAUACCGACACACGACUAUCCAGCACUGCCCCGCGAAUGCUCCCGCUCGACAGCUUCCUCGACCCCCCUUCCUCGAGAUGACCACCCUGGACGAGCGAAAACGAGUCGAAGAAGACCAGUACUGGGAAAGCUGGGAUGAAGCCAAGGAGAACGGUGUUGGAUGCCGAUGCCGAUGCGACACUGACAUUGUUGAUGUUGAGGGCAAGGAUGGUUCAUGCCUGGCCGAGUGGGUGGACGUUGCUGGUGGCUGGGCCUCGCCAUAA